CCCUAAGCUCUUUCGCAGCAUAGAAGACGAGUUGGGAAAAUGGCAGCGCAGCUCCUGCGUCCGUUCACCAUGUCCUUUGGGAGACUGGAUCUUAAUUCCAAAUCUAUGUUUUGUUUUUCGACUUCCAGCCCGUCGUCGACGAGGUGUCAAGAGUUAGGGCUCCGGAAGUCACAAUUCGCCGGUCUCAAGCUUAGCAUCUCCCCCCUACCACCUUCCUUCCACCCGACAACUCCAGUGCACAAAAUUCUUGCCAAGAGGAUUUGCCCAUUCACAGGGAAGAAAGCGAACAAGGCUAACAAGGUAUCAUUCUCCAAUCACAAGACCAAAAAGCUGCAGUUUGUCAAUUUACAGUACAAGAGAGUGUGGUGGGAGGCAGGUAAGCGCUACCUCAAGCUCCGCCUAUCCACCAAGGCUCUUAAGACUAUCGAGAAGAAUGGCUUGGAUGUUGUGGCCAAGAAGGCUGGCAUCGAUCUCCGCAAGGAAUGAGAGAACUCCUGUUGGAUGAUUUUCCACUCUCUCAGUUUCAGUUUCUAGUUUUUUUUUUUUUUUUGAGCUUCUGCUCUUUCUUGCCUGCUGUUUACAAAUAGCACAUACUAGUUUGGUAAUUUCACUUGUUUUUAUCAUUGGAAUCAAAUAAAACAAUUGCUCUCCAGCCAAGUAUUUUGAGUGCUUAUUAUUUUGCAAUUGCGAUAA